UCAAUCAGAGAGCUUCUGAGGCAUAUAAACAAACACAACAUGCAAAACGGAAGCGGGAAGAACGUGUUGAAGCCGAUGGACUCAGAGCAACUGAGAGAAUAUGGACAUCGAAUGGUUGACUUCAUUGCUGACUAUUACAAAACCAUCGAAGAUUUCCCUGUUCUUAGCCAAGUUCAGCCUGGUUAUCUUCAUCAGCUUUUGCCUGAUUCUGCACCAGACCACCCUGAGACUCUGGACCAAGUUCUUGAUGAUGUUCGGGCGAAAAUCUUGCCUGGAGUAACGCAUUGGCAAAGCCCGGGAUUCUUUGCUUAUUACCCUUCUAACAGCAGUGUUGCCGGGUUCUUGGGUGAGAUGUUGAGUGCUGGUCUUGGAAUUGUUGGUUUCAGUUGGGUUACUUCUCCAGCUGCCACCGAGCUUGAGAUGAUCGUUCUUGAUUGGCUAGCCAAACUGCUCAAUCUACCUAAGGAGUUUCUGUCCAAAGGAAAUGGAGGUGGAGUGAUACAAGGGUCAGCUAGUGAAGCUGUACUUGUUGUUCUGAUUGCUGCCCGCGAUAAGGUCUUAAGAAGCGCUGGCAAAAACGCGCUUGGGAAGCUUGUUGUCUACUCCUCUGACCAGACUCAUUCAGCUUUACAGAAGGCUUGCCAGAUUGCUGGAAUCCAUCCGGAGAAUUGCAGAGUGCUGGAAACCGACGCCUCUACAAAUUACGCUCUGCGUCCAGAAUUGCUUCAAGAAGCUGUUUCGAAAGAUCUUAAAGCUGGAUUGAUUCCAUUCUUCUUAUGUGCUAAUGUUGGAACCACUUCUUCAACCGCAGUUGAUCCAUUAGCUGCACUGGGAAAGAUUGCAAACAGCAAUGAGAUAUGGUUUCACGUGGAUGCAGCGUAUGCUGGAAGUGCUUGUAUAUGUCCAGAGUACCGAAAAUACAUUGACGGUGUAGAAACCGCAGAUUCUUUUAACAUGAAUGCUCACAAAUGGUUCCUCACUAAUUUCGACUGUUCACUACUUUGGGUUAAGGAGCAAGAUUCUCUCACUGAAGCUCUUUCAACAAAUCCAGAGUUUCUCAAAAACAAGGCCUCUCAGGCAAACUUGGUUGUUGAUUACAAAGAUUGGCAAAUCCCUCUCGGACGAAGAUUCAGAUCACUGAAACUAUGGAUGGUUUUACGGCUCUAUGGAGCUGAGACCUUGAAGAGCUACAUAAGAAACCAUAUCAAACUGGCUAAAUAUUUCGAAAAACUUGUCUCUCAAGAUCCUAACUUUGAGAUUGUCACACCUCGGAUCUUUUCUCUUGUCUGUUUCCGCUUGGUGCCUAAAAACGACGAUGAAAAGAAGUGUAAUAACCAAAACCGCAAACUCCUAGAGGCAGCGAACUCUUCAGGGAAACUCUUCAUGUCUCACACUGCUUUGUCGGGAAAAAUUGUACUACGUUGCGCAAUAGGAGCACCAUUGACGGAGGAGAAGCACAUGAAGGAGGCGUGGAAGGUUAUUCAGGAUGAAGCAUCUUUCUUGCUUCACAAGUAAUCAUGAGAGAAAAAAAGAAGAAUAAAACGGUUUUUGCCAACAAAGCGAAGCAUUUCGGUUUGGUUUGGUUUGGUUUGAUUGGACUAAUUAUUAAUAAAUAAAAUAAAACAAAACUUGCUAAAAAGUCAUACUAAUGAGUUUAGCGAGGGUGACCUUUGUCUGUCUGUGUGUGUCAGUGUGUAUCUAUUUGGUUUGGGUUUAUAACAUUGUUGUUAACUAUGUAACCAAUGGUAAUAUUUAUAUAAAUGUUUUUUUAAUUA